UGACAGGAUGAAACUAUUCAUCUUCUUCUCACCGUCCUCGGCUACUUCCACCUACUCCCACGACAAUCUGUCUAAGCAACAGCGACACCGACGAACCAACGACACGAAUGAGGUGUGCGCGAAACCCCCUCCUUUUUCGCUACGGAUGACCUCCUCGUGGUCGCGUUCGAACAGCUUCGCAGGGAUAAAUGUACACUUGACGUCGUCCACGAGGCUUUUAGCGUCGGCAGAACGAGACCGUCGCUCGUGUUAGUCGUGCUCGAUCGGUGGAACGGAAUUUCGUACGACGACGACGAGAAGUUAUUGCGUGCCCCCGCGAUUGAUCGACCGACAAUUGUAAAUGAUCAUCAUCGAGGACUGAUACGAAUUUGACUUUCAUGGAGUUCGCCUUCGGUGGAACCGGCGGAAUGCUCAACUGCAUCAGCGGCAGCUUUGCAAGAUGGACAGCGUUCGUACUUUGCCUGUUAUCAGCAGUUUCCGGUCAACUGGACCUACCACCGUACAGGAACGAAGAUGCCAAUCGACAAUUACCACCGUACAGAAACGAAGAUGCCAAUCGACAAUUACCACCGUACAGAAACGACGAUAUUAGCCGACAACCACCGCUGUACAGAGAUGAAGAUGUUAGUCGACAACCACCACUGUACCGAGACGAAGACACCGGUCGACAACUACCGCCUAACGACAUCAAUUACCAAAAUAUUCUAGCUAGAUUGGACUUUCUCGGCGCAGAGAGGUGUAGCGCUAACGUGAUAGCUCAAUGGGCAUACGAAACCAACGUCAAUGAAUACACGCAACUGCAAGCGCUGGACGCCCAACGCUUGUACGCGGACUUCCAGUACCAAGCUUGGCUCUUAAUCUCCAGAAUCGAUGUAAAUGGCAUUCGGGAUCCCAUAAUCAGGCGGCGACUCCGUUAUUUGUCCGCGGUGGGCCCUUCGGCACUGCCACCUGACCAACUGGACAGGUACAAUCGCCUUAUCAACGACAUGCUUGCGAUUUAUAACGCGGCGACCAUAUGCGCCUACAACGAUCCGUUCCGGUGCGGGCUGCGUUUAUAUCCAGAUAUAUCGCAGAUCAUGGCGAAAAGUCGGGACUGGGACGAACUGCAGUACGUCUGGACCGAGUGGAGGAGACGAAGUGGCAGACCGAUCAGGGAUCUGUAUCAACAACUCGUUACGUUGACCAAUGAUGCAGCACGAAUGAAUAACUUCACCGACGCCGCCGAAUAUUGGAUGUUCCCUUACGAAUCUCCCAAUUUCCAACAGGACGUCGACGAGACUUGGGAAACGAUACGUCCGCUUUACGAAGAGCUGCACGCUUAUGUUCGCAGAAAGCUGAGAGAUCUCUACGGACCGGAAAAAAUUGGCGGACACGCGCCUCUUCCGUCUCAUAUUCUCGGUAACAUAUGGGGACAGUCUUGGAUCAAUCUGUUGGAUGUUACCUUGCCGUAUCCUGGAAAAAUAUACCCCGACGUCACGCAGGAAAUGCGGGCUCAAGGCUACACACCCAUUGACAUGGUUCGAGUGGCCGAGGAAUUCUACCUGUCCUUGAACUUGAGCGCACUGCCGCCGGAAUUUUGGGCCGGAAGCGUAAUCGCCGAUCCCGGCGACCGCCCAUUAAUCUGCCAGGCGUCCGCGUGGGACUUUUGCAAUCGCAUAGAUUACAGACUCAAAAUGUGUACGAAGGUGACGAUGAAGGAUUUGAUAACUUUGCAUCACGAGAUGGCACACAUUCAGUAUUUCUUACGAUACAGCGGUCUACCUCGCGAAUUUCGUGACGGCGCUAAUCCAGGAUUCCACGAGGCGGUCGGCGAGGCCGUCGCUUUGAGCGUCGCGACGCCGCAGCAUCUGCAGACCCUGGGCCUGGCGAACAGGUACAUCGACGAGCGCUCCGCGGACAUCAAUUACCUCUUCUCCUUGGCGAUGGACAAACUGGUGCUGUUGCCCUUCAGCAUCGCGAUGGACAGGUGGCGGUGGGACGUCUUCCGCGGCUACGUCACUAAGGAGGAGUACAACUGCCACUGGCACAGGCUGAUAGAGCAAUACACGGGCACGAAGCCGCCGGUGCUGCGAUCCGAGGACGACUUUGAUCCAGGCGCCAAGUACCACAUCCCGGCCAACAUCCCCUACAUACGGAAUUUCGUGGCCGGGGUCCUCCAGUUUCAGCUGUAUCGCUCGCUGUGCCAGGCUGCGGGGCAGAGGUUCGGUGUUGACAAUCCGAGGAGGCCGCUGCACAGAUGCGACUUUUACAGAAGGCCCGAGGCCGGCAGGAUCUUGGGGAGAUUAAUGGAGAGGGGCUCGUCCAUCCCGUGGCAGGAAACGCUGCGAGAAGCCACCGGCGAGUCCAGAUUAGACGGAUCCGCUCUUAGGGAGUACUUCCGGCCGUUGGAGGACUGGUUGAGGACCGAGAAUUUGAGGACGGGCGAGGUGGUCGGCUGGUCAUACGACGGGGACUUUUGCAAAAGGAGCAUAGAAACCGCGGGCCUGCAGGUUUACGGCAGCGGCCUUUAUUACGGCGGCGGCGCAUCCACCUCCGCGUCUUGGAUCGCUACGGGAGCCACCGUGAUUCUCUGGAUCGUCUCAACGCUCUAUUGAACGCAGCCGACUCGACGAAUCAUUUCUCACUGGGUUCGCCAUCGAGCACUGAUGGCAAUAAAUUAAGGGACAGCCCGUUACACCGUUAAUCCGCCAAGAUAUACCAAAUCAUAUUCCUUACAUAAGGUACAUAAAACGCAAAGGAAAAAAUACUUAAAUUAGACACAUCCGCUCGAAUAUAUCUGGUCGGUUGGUGGCAAAAAUAAUGAUCGUUACUGCCAAGUAAUAUUACAGUACACUCUUGUCAAGCGCGCGCGCCUGUGUAUAUAUGUGUGUGUGUGUGUGUCAAGCUGCAUGCCUUACGUGAUGUAAAAAAGUCGCACUGUCGGUUUACGAAAUUAUUAUUACAUUCUGUAGAUCUGUAUAAUUAAUAUUACGUAUAUCUGUGUAAUUGUAAUACCUGUAAUUGUAUCAAUAUUAAACGUCUACUACUAUUAUAUCGUAUUAUAGUAUUACAAUUAGGGAUAUAAAGCGUGCGUGAAAACGCGUGUAUCGUGCGUGGGUGUAAAUGUACAAGUGUCAUUCCCAUAUACCUGAACGGCUCAUGAUUCACGCCCUGUAACUAUUAACACUGUUGGUUGAUCGAAUAAAAUUAUGCCUACUGUUGUAAAAAAAAAA